UCACGCGUUGUUGAUUACCGAAGAAGCACUCAUGGCUCAUUAUCGGGCCUCGCGCGCCUUCUCGACAGCAUCCAGUCUUGCCGAAAGCUCAGAGUUUGUGGCCAGGCACUCGCCGGCUAUGAAGCUCAUGGGCUCCGCCCUUCUCGGGACGAUAGCGGUGACUGCAUACGUCACGUCGCUGCUUGGCAAGCGGGACCUGGCGCUUAAGGAGGAGGCCACGCAGCGGGUGCUGGCGGAUCUUGCGGAGUCCACGAAGCGGGCGCUGGCGCUGAAGGAGGAGUCCACGCAGCGGGCGCUGGCGGAUCUCGAGGAGCGCCGGCAGCGGGAGGUCAACGAGCAGCGGGCCCGCGUUGAGAUGCUGGAGCGUGUGUUCGACAUCUCAUACCACUCGGACUGGACGGGGCUGCGCGGGAAGAUCGACGCCCUGAAGCCGGCGGAGCCGAACAAGUCAGUUUCGGGCACUGGCAACGGCAACGGCGCCGGGAGUGCUCCCGGGGUCAGGAGCGGGGCCAGCGCGGGGCUGCCGCAGCCCUGAAGCAGUUUCCACGGCGCUGGGUGCGCGGCGGGGCCUACGACGGCGGCGGGCGUGGCGCCUGCGCUUGCGCUGGUAGCUUGCGUUCGCUUCUGGCCGCCGCUUAGAGGAUGACGGCGGGGCCGACGUUCAUGCGGGAGCGGUGUGGCUAGCGCUGCUGUGUGGGAUUAGAGCACGGCGUCCCCGGUGGCUCUGUUGUGGAUAACAAAUGCAAGCUGACGGCACGGGCAUCAACAAAUGCGCAUAGUACACCCCCUCAUGCACCGAAUGCAUCUGUACUAUAACUAUGUACCAUCAUGUACCACCGCUUUCGGGUCGUCCCGUCAGCGGCGGCAGUUGUCUGAGGCAUAUGGUGUGCGCACCGCGGUAUCUGGCUGCAUUGGUCGGGCCGUCAAGGUGCCCCAUCCUGUACAAUGUUUGAACUCUGGCGCUUGACAAUGACAAGGGACGCGAUGACUGCUGGAUGGGGCGCAUGGACACUGUAUGAAGUGUUUUGCUUUGCCAUGUACCGUAUGUGUGGCGGGCGGCCCACGCAUUUGCAACGGCUCUCCGCACAGGGGAAUAGGAUAUCCCACAAUCCACAAGCACACUGUCGAUACCCUCGCAAUGUAUCAGUGCCUUGAGUGUACAUGUCCAAAUCAUGCCAGCGGUAUCUCAUGCAUACA